AGCGCAACGGCCACACUGUACUGCAUACACGAAAAUAAAAAUUUUUUUUGACAAAAUCGUGCAUGUUUUCGCUCGCAAUCCGUAUGCACAACGCAGGCCGCGCGAGCCCUAGCUAGCUAGACCGCCGCCCUUCCCGUCCCACGAAUCGCAGCGCAUCGCAUCCCGCGACCAGCGCUCCCACUUGUGUGUUUGUUAUGAAUAUACCGAAGGUGACAACAUCGCUUGGUGCCGCCGAAAAGGCGAAACCCGAACGUGUGGCAUCCGUGGCCGCCGCAGCCUUCAAUGCGGUCAACCUGCAAAAGCGCAGCGGCGCCGACGACCCGGCCACAGCGGCGGAGGAUCCCACGCGCAAGAAGGCCAAGACGGAGCUGCAGCUCGGAACGCCCAGUUUGCCCAGUUUGCCUAGUUUGCCCGCCAAAGCAUCGGCCGCCCCGCCGCAGCAGCUCCUCUACCAGCGUGUUGGCCAGCAGGUCAAGGCGCAGGUAAAGGGUGCGUCGGAUCCGCAGGACGCCCAGUCGGAGGACGUCGCCUGGGACGCCCGUGACCAGCAGAUCAUAGUGCGCAACUUCGGCUCCGGCGCCGAGAUUAAGGCGGAGGACGCGGACAAGCAGAGUAAGUGCACAGCAAGUCCUCCUCCCAGGAACAGUCCACUUAAUGCACCUCCACCUCGAAACACAGCCUUUGCCAGCUUUACCAAAAAGGAGGGCGCCUCCUCGUCGGCCUCGUCCUCCUCAUCCACCGCCUCCAUUAUCUCCAUCGAACCCAGCGGCUCAGUCCAUGAGCAGGCAAACAAUCCCGGCAAGGCAGACGACCUCCUCGACUUCGUGCUGAUGCCGGCCGCCGUGGCGGAUAGCACCGUAUCCGUGGGAAACGCCACGGGAACGCCCGUUCAAACCACCUCCACCAUCAUUCUGAACACCAACAACGGGGCCACAGGAGCCAGUGGAGCCGGCACCACCACCAUCCUCACCCAGAAGCCCGGCCACGCAAACUACAAUAUCUUCAACACCACGGCCACAGGCAGCCAAACGCCCACCACGUUGCUGAACCGGGUGAAUUUGCCGACCAAGAUGAAGACGCAGCUGGUGGUGAACGCCAAGAAGCUGACGGAGGUCACGCAGACCACGGCCAAGGUGUCCAUUGGCAACAAGACGAUAUCGGUGCCGCUGCUCAAGCCGCUGAUGAGUGGAGCGGCCACCGCCGGAGGAGCCACGAUUGUGGAGAGCAAGCAGUUGCUGCAGCAGGGUGGCCAGGUGACCACCGUGAUGAGUGCCGCGCAGCCGGGCGGAGGGCAGCAGGUGCACCAACACGUUCAUACGCACGCUAAUCCACAUGCACAUCACAGCUUCACCAAGCUGAUCAAGCGGGUGCCCAAGAACUCUGGCACAAUUGUCUCUUUCUCGGGGCUGCAGAUUAAGCCGGCGACGACCAAGAUCGUGGCCACCAAGGUGGUUGGCAAGAAGAUGUCGCUCCAGCUUCAGCAGCAGCUCCAGCAGCAGCAGCUUCAGCAACAGCUGCAGGUGACCAGCGGCGCGGGCUUGGCCCCGCCCACCGGCAUAGUAACCAUCACCACCGCCAAUCCCAGCCAAACUUACGCAAUGGUCCAGGAUGCCACGGCCGUGGGAGCAGCCUCCCAUUCUAAAGAUGAAGAUGCGCCGGCGCCUCGGAAGAUCACCUACACCGAGAACCUGCAGAAGAUCCUUAACAAAAGCAAGGCGCAGGAGAGCGGAGGAUCCGACGAAUUCCCCAACAUCAACAGCGUGGUGAUCAAACCGCUGGAAAAGAACACGCUCAACUGCCCGUCCGCCUUCAACUUCUUCAAGCAGCAGCACUCGCAGGCCGCCCAAAACCAAACGCACUCCACUGUGGGCAGUGGAGCAGGCACACCCGUGACGUUGACCAUGACGCCGGCCUCGGGGAGUGGCUCUGAUCUGGCCACCACCUCGACCGUCUCCGUGUCGGCGGCCACCAUCUGCAUCAAUAGUCCGAUGACUAUGGGCUCGCGGCCCAUCAUCUCCAUUGGGAACAAGAACAUAUCCCUGGUGCUGUCCAAGACGACGAUGGCCCAGCAAAAGCCCAAAAUGAUCACCACCACCACGCUGGCCAGCCACUCGGCGCUGCAGAUGCAUCAUGCCCUAGUCCAGGACUCGAAUGCGGACAAAGCGGGUUCGGGAUCGGGAUCGGUCCCCUCUGCAACCUCUGGAUCAGCUUCCGUGGGAGCAGCCGCAGCAGUUGCGGGAUCCAUGCAGCUGAAGCUGACCACCGUGACCACCACGCCCGCCAAACUCAACGUCAGUCUGGCCCCUGAAGUGGCCAAGAUCGAGGAGAUUGCCGCCGAACCGAAAGCAAAGCUACUGCUCAAACAGGAGGCGGCCGUAAAGGAUGCAGCUGGGACUCCGUCCAGCGAACAGGAGCGGAGCGAGGAGACAAGCACGACGGAGAAGCGUUUAAACGCCAAUACUACAAUGACGCCCAUUGGCCAGGUGCAGAAUCAGACUGCAAACCAAGUUCAGGUGGCCACUCCUACCUCAACCGCCUCGAAUCCCAGCACGCCCAAUCCUCCGGCCAGCGCCACAGUCACGGCCACACCGACCAACAACCAGCGCUCGGGCACGGAGGACUCGAAUAAUGCACUGCUGAAGAAGCUCCUGCAGAACAGCAGCAGCAACCACGGCCACAGUCUCAACACGAUCAGCAUCCCCUCGGCCCACGUCGGCUCCGCAAACACGACGGCGCCCCUCUCCGCCCGCAAGGUGAUCAAUGUGCGGGCGCCCAGCAUGGGAAUGGUCAGUAGCUUGGAGGCGCAACUGGCGCGUCCAGUGAUCCCUCCGGUGCCCACGGCCACGCAGGCGGCGGGCAGCAGCAGUAGCGGCGGAUCCGUGGCCACGUCCACCACCACCACAACGGUGGCCAGCGGGUCCAGCAGCCAGCAGGUGGUGGCCACUGCCUCGGCGACCGGAACCCCAGUUACGGCAGUAGCAGUCUCCACACCUGGCGUGGGAGGAGAACCGAAGCUGGAGCAGAAGACCGACCAGCCUUUAGUGGUUGCAACCAUUACGAGCCAGAACCAGAACCAAAAUCAAAACCAGACUCCCCAACCGCCACCUGCGCCUGCUCUGCAGCAGCAGCAGCAACAGUCGCAGCAACAGCCGCAGCAAUCGCAACAGCUGCAACUGACACCCCACCAAGUCAAGCAGACCGUGCAGAUUGUGUCCAAGGAAACAUCCUUUAUCUCAGGGCCUGUGGCGACCAAUAAACUCGUGACGGAAGCCACUGCAAAGCCGGCCGAACUGCUGCCUCCGCCGCCAUACGAACUGGCCACUGCGCCCAUAUCGAACGUGACCAUAUCCAUCUCCACCAAGCAGGCGGCGCCGAAGGAGCUGCAGAUGAAGCCCAAGGCGGUUGCCAUGUCGCUGCCCAUGGAGCAGGGCGAGGAAUCGCUGCCGGAGCAAGCGGAACCGCCACCUCAUCCGGAACAGGGAGUCACUGUAGCGGGAGGAUUAUCUCACACUGGCGGAGCAAUUGUGGCCGCGCAAUGGAGCAAUAGCAAUCACGUUGAGGCGGGCGUGGGUGCCACGAAGAUACCAUUUAAGCCUGGCGAGGCCCAGAAACGUAAGCUGCCCAUGCAUCCCCAGCUGGACGAGAAGCAGCUGCAGCAACAGGUGGAGAUGCCCAUCAGUGCCCCCCUACCAGCCACUCCCACCGGACAAACUGGAUCGGACAAAGUACAGCUCAUUUCUGCGAUUGCCAGUUAUGUAAAGAAAUCCGGAGCACCUGGCGAGGCCCAACCCAUUCAGAACCAGAACCAAAACCAGAUCCAAAGCCAGGGACAGGUACAGAUGCAGGCGCAAAUGCAGGCGGCCAUGCAGGGUCAGUUGGCUGGGCAGAUUCCCGGACAAGUCGCUGGACACAUCCCCGGGCAGAUACCCGCGCAGAUGCAUUUGCAGGUGCAACAGCAUCAGCUCCACGUGGCCGUGCAUCCGCAGCAGCAUCAGCAGCAGCAGCAGCAGCAGCAGCAGCACUACCACCACCAACAACAACAACCACAACAGCAGCAGCAGCAGCCGCCGACGAUUCCGGUUCCAAUUGCAGGACAAGGCCCCGUGCCCAUCCCCGUGCCAACCAUGGAAACCAAGGCGGGGGACCAAAGAAAGCGCCGCAAACGGGAGGUGCAGAAGCCCAGGCGCACGAAUCUGAACGCCGGACAUGCGGCUGGAGCUCUCAAGGAUCUAACAGGUACGCUACCAGCAGGUGCCAUGGUCCAGCUGGCAGGGAUGCCGCCGGGGACGCAGUACAUCCAAGGGGCGGCACCGGGCACUGGUCAUGUGAUCACCAGCACCGGACAAGGAGGAGUGAGCCUUGGCGGAAUGGGAGCCGGCUCCUCGCCCAUGCUCAAGAAGCGAGUGCGCAAGUUCUCCAAGGUGGAGGAGGACUACGAUGCAUUUACCGAGAAACUGCUGACGCACAUCCGCCAGAUGCAGCCGCUCCAAGUGCUGGAGCCGCACCUGAAUCGCAACUUUCACUUCCUCAUCGGAAGCAACGAGGCGUCUGGUGGUGGUUCGCCAUCGUCCAGCAGCUGCACGGCAUCGGCCAGCGGCUCAUCUUCGGCCGGAGGUGGUAAACUUAAGGGAGGAUCGCUGGGAACCCGGGGAUGGCCGCUGAGCAGGCACUUGGAGGGACUGGAGGACUGCGAUGGCGCCAUCCUCGGCCGCUUCGGGCGUGUGCGUCUGCCGGGGAUUCCCUCGUUGUACGACAGCGAACGCUUCGGCGGAAGCGGGGGUCUGGUGGGAGGCUCUGCUGCCACCCGCUCACCCUCGCCGUCGUCCGUUUCGCCGGGAGAUGGUGCUGAGAAGGCGCUACCAAUGUCCAGCAUCCAGAACGAUUUCUACGACCAGGAGUUCUCCACACAUAUGGAGCGUAAUCCGCGGGAGCGCCUGCUUAGACACAUUGGCGCCGUCAAGGACUGCAAUCUGGAGACCAUAGAUCUGGUGGAAAGCGAGGCCGUGGCUGCGUGGGCGGCCCUGCCGCGACUAACCCGCUAUCCAGGACUGAUACUCCUGAAUGGGAACAGCCGGUGCCACGGACGAAUGUCGCCAGUGGCGCUGCCGGAGGAUCCGCUGACCAUGCGGGUGCCCGUGUCGCCGCUGCUCCGCUCCUGCGGCGAGGAGCUGCGCAAGGCCCAGCAGCUGGAACUGGGUAUGGGAUCCCUCGGCAAUAACAACAACAACAACAAUUACCAGCAGAAGAACCAGAACGUGAUACUCGCACUGCCCGCCUCGGCCUCUGAGAAUAUAGCCGGCGUGCUGCGGGAUCUGGCCAAUCUGCUGCACCUGGCACCCGCCCUCACCUGCAAGAUCAUCGAGGAUAAGAUGGGUGACAAGCUGGAGGAUCAUUCAGUGUCGAUGGACCAGGACGAGGAGAAGCACCGGGACUCCUUCAAGCGACCGCUGACCGUGAGCCACAGCCACCUGAUGAAGAUCCUCAACGGACGCCGUAAGCUGUGCCGCAGCUGCGGCAACGUGGUCCAAGCCACUGGCCUGCGAGUGCCCCGGCACAGUGUUCCUGCGCUCGAGGAGCAGCAGCCCCGCUUGGCCCAACUGAUGGCCAUGCUGCCCAGGAAGUCGGCUCCCCCGCCGUUCGUCUUCUUCUGCGAUCGCGCCUGCUUCGCGAAAUUCAAGUGGAGCGGCAAGGAGGGCCAGUCGGAGGCGGCCAGUCUGUUGCUGCAGCCGGCGUGCGGCUCCACCUCGACCGCCAGCUCCACGGGCGAUUCGCCAAGCAGCUCUGGCACUAGCUCCACAGCGCUUGCGGAAACGGUGGUCAAACAGGAACCGGAGGACGAGGCAGACCACAAGCAGGCCACUGGCACCCCCACCAAUCUCCCCGUGCAGCGCAAGUGCAUCGUCAAGUGCUUUAGUGCCGAUUGCUUCGCGACGGACUCGCCGGCCAUCAAACUGGAGUUCGACGGAGCAGCGGGAUCGGGAUCGGGAACUGGAACGGGAGCAGCCAACAAUACGGUGUGGGAAUCGGAGGCUAGCGGACUGCAGCUGGAGGACACCAGGCAGUGCGUGUUCUGCAAUCAGCGGGGCGAUGGCCAGGCGGAUGGGCCGUCGCGACUCCUCAACUUUGAUGUGGACAAAUGGGUUCACCUGAACUGUGCCCUCUGGUCCAACGGCGUCUACGAGACGGUGUCAGGGGCGCUGAUGAACUUUCAGACGGCUCUGCAGGCGGGACUGAACCAGGUGUGCAGCGCCUGCCACCAACUGGGCGCCACCAUCAAGUGCUUCAAGUCGCGUUGCAACAGCCUGUACCACCUGCCCUGCGCCAUCCGUGAGGAGUGCGUCUUCUACAAGAACAAGUCCGUCCACUGCAGCGCCCAUGGCCACGCCCACGCGCAUGCCGGCAUAGCCAUGGGAGCGGGGGCGGGCUCGACGGCUGGCGCUGGAGUGGCGGGAUCUGUGGCGGAAAACGAACUGGGCUCGCUGGUCGUCCAUCGGAGGGUUUUCGUCGAUCGGGAUGAGAACCGGCAGGUGGCCACCGUCAUGCACUACUCGGAGCUGAGCAACCUGCUCCGCGUGGGCAACAUGACGUUCCUGAACGUGGGUCAGCUACUGCCCCACCAGCUGGAGGCCUUUCACACGCCCCACUACAUAUAUCCCAUUGGCUACAAGGUGAGUCGCUACUACUGGUGCGUACGACGACCGAAUCGCAGGUGUCGCUACAUCUGCAGCAUCGCGGAGGCCGGCUGCAAACCCGAGUUCCGCAUCCUGGUGCAGGACGCCGGCGACAAGGAGCCGGAACGCGAGUUCCGCGACAGCACGCCCUCGGCGGUGUGGCAGCAGAUCCUGCAGCCGAUCACGCGGCUGCGCAAGGUGCACAAGUGGCUGCAGCUCUUCCCGCAGCACAUCAGCGGCGAGGAUCUGUUCGGCCUGACGGAACCGGCCAUCGUCCGGAUCCUGGAAAGCCUGCCGGGCAUAGAGACGCUCACCGACUACCGCUUCAAGUACGGCCGCAACCCGCUGCUGGAGUUCCCGCUGGCCAUCAAUCCGUCCGGAGCGGCGCGCACGGAGCCGAAGCAGCGCCAGCUGCUCGUCUGGCGGAAGCCGCACACCCAGCGCACGGCCGGCAGCUGCAGCACCCAGCGGAUGGCCAACUCUGCGGCGAUCGCCGGGGAGGUGGCCUGUCCGUACAGCAAGCAGUUCGUCCACUCCAAGAGCUCGCAGUACAAGAAAAUGAAGCAGGAGUGGCGCAACAACGUCUACCUGGCCAGGUCCAAGAUCCAGGGAUUGGGGCUGUAUGCCGCUCGGGACAUUGAGAAGCACACCAUGAUCAUCGAGUACAUCGGGGAAGUCAUCCGCACCGAGGUCUCCGAGAUACGCGAGAAGCAGUACGAGUCCAAGAACCGCGGCAUCUACAUGUUCCGGUUGGACGAGGAUCGCGUGGUGGACGCCACACUGAGCGGCGGCCUGGCGCGCUACAUCAACCACUCUUGCAAUCCCAAUUGCGUAACGGAGAUCGUGGAGGUGGAUCGCGAUGUGCGGAUCAUAAUAUUCGCCAAGCGGAAGAUCUAUCGCGGCGAAGAGCUAUCGUACGACUACAAGUUCGACAUCGAGGACGAGUCGCACAAAAUACCUUGUGCCUGCGGGGCGCCCAACUGCCGCAAAUGGAUGAACUAGAGUCGGGAGGAGCCGGAGCCUCUGCCGGAGAAGCAGAAGAGGCGAAAGAAGCGGCGUCCACGUCGCUCCCAGUGAACCGGAACAAGAACAGGAAGAGGAAGAGGAAGAUGAAUCGGAAUCGGAAUAGGAAUUGUUAUAUCUGAUCAAAUAGAUAGAAUCGCUAAGCAGUAUAGACCGUGUACAUAUAUACAAUUAUAUAUAUAUAUAUGCCGAUAUGCUCGAGGCGAGCAUAGAACCCUGUAAGUUAUGUAUAUGUGCCCACUGUAGCUAAUUCGUAUCCCACAAAUAUCGCUCGUAGGUGGAGAAGUGGAGGGAGUGGAGUGUUUCAUAGUUUAAAUUGAAUUAGCAAUCAUUCAUUCGUUUCUAUAUAGAGAGAAUAUAAAUGUUAAUGCUAGGACAUGACCACGCCCCUGUAAUGUAUUUCUGACCCCCAAUCCCCCCUCACACAGCCGCAGGAGCAUCUUAUUUUUUUUGUUUUAGCACCAUCUCCACAUCCACACCCAUCAUGAGGACAGAUUCCCCGAUGGCCAACCCAAAACUUGACUUAAUGCGUGUGUGCCUUCCCCUCUGUUUACCAUUAUCAUUAUUAUCAUAUUUGUAGUGGCUAUUUUCGAUAUUCGCAUACAUGUACUAUCUUCUUUGAAUAUACAUAUACGCCAAUAAGGAUAUAAA